AUGAAACGCAACCACCCACUCCGCCCUCGGUUCGCGGGGCGGACGAUAGUGAUCCUGGCCACGGCGGCGCUGCUGCUGGCGUCCAUGCUGGCCGCGCUGGGAGCCGGACCCGACGACGCCGCGAGCGCCACGGCGUCCAAUGCGGGCAGAGAGUGGCAGGUGUUCGAAGGGCACGCCUUCGCCGACAGCCGAAUCGUUCCCAUCGGGGUCUCCCUGGUGGCCUGCCUCGGCGGCUGCGAGGGCGGUUACGUCAGCGAGACCGUGGCCAUCGGCCAGGACGGACGCUACAGCGGCCUGGUGGUUGAGCCGGUCGGCACGGACCGCAGCGCGCUGCCCGACGCUGACGUCAUCACGUUUUGGCUGGUGAGCCACGACGACAGCGUGUCGGCCGUCCAGUCGUGGCUGUUCACCGGAGAUGGCGAGACCCGCGAGCUGCACCUGAGCUUCCGCAAACUCCCGGUGCCGUCCCGCGGCCUUUCGGCAUCAGGCGACCGGUCGGGAACGCUCACCACCGACUUGACCGUGCCCAAUGCCGGGGAGCUGGGCCUGGCUCCGACGCAGACCCCGCGCAGCUACGUCAACUCCUGGUCCUACGCCGGAGUGCCGGUCCUGCCCGGCCUGACGGCGCUGGUCGGCGUGUUGAUUGCGAUCAUCGGCACGGCGCUGCUGGUCCACCGACGCCGCCUCACCUGGUAGGGAGGCGGCGCACCGCUACGCGUCGUCCAGGCCGGGUACGGGGAACUGCCGGCUGAGGUGGCGCACCUCAUCGCCGAUGGUCGACAUCGCCGCCUCGUCGCCGAUGCUGCCCAGCGUCCGCACGAUCAGCCUG